ACACUUCUAAGUAUAGUUGAAGAUAUAAUAAUAUGAAUAUGGCAACAAUAACCAAAAUGUUGUUUAUUUCUUUUGCUUUCCUUUCAAGUGCAUUUCUUGCAAGAUCUGGAGAAGUUGAUGAUGAGAGUGAGUUUAGUUACGUUGAAAACGCGGAGAAUGGACCAGCUAACUGGAGCAAUAUUCAUCCAAAUUGGAUCAAAUGCAAAACUGGAAAAAUGCAGUCUCCAAUUGAUUUUCCUAACAAUAAGGUUGAAAUUGUUUCCAAUUUAGGAAUACUUCAAAAAUUCUACAAACCAUCAAAUGCCACUCUCUUGAACAGAGGCCAUGAUAUAAUGUUGAGAUGGGAUGAUGGAGGAUUUUUGAAGAUAAAUGGCACUCAAUAUCGACUUAAACAAGUUCAUUGGCACACACCUUCUGAACAUACUAUCGAUGGAAAAAGGUUUGAUAUGGAGGGUCAUUUGGUACAUGAAACGAAUGAUGGAAAGAAUAUUGCAGUCAUUGGAAUCCUUUACGAGAUUGGAUUAUUUCCUGAUCUCUUCCUAACUAUGAUAGAGAAGGAUUUAGAAGCUCUUAGACUUGCAGAUCAAAAAGCCAUUGGAAUUAAUUAUCCAAAUCUAAUAAAAAUAGAUGAAAAAAGAUAUUACAGGUAUAUGGGCUCCUUAACAGUACCACCUUGCACUGAAAAUGUUAUUUGGACUAUUGAUGGAAAGGUUAAAACUGUAACCAGAAAACAAAUUCAACUGCUCCGAGAUGUUGUUCAUGAUGGAUUCGAAUACAAUGCCAGACCAAUUCAGCCAUUAAACGGACGUCCUAUCAAAUUCAACAAACCUUGGUCAUUUGCUUGAUUAGGGAGUAUUUAAUAACCUUCCCAUAAUUAAUCUAGUUCUAUCUUUAUUAAUAAAUCGGUAGGGAUCAUGUCAAACCCUCAUCCGUUACCAAGAAGCUUUAAUUUAAGAAAAUAAAUUAAGUUAUUAUAUUGUCUAUCGAUGAUAAUAACGGUGUUUAGAACUAGAAAUAUAUAUGAUUUUAUGUUACAAAUAAUUGUAUCAUAAGUAUCUCAUUGUAUCAAUUGUAUCAG